AUGUCAUACUCGCAGUCGCGACCACCGUCACAAAAUCACCCUUCAUACCAACGGACCCCAUACGACAACAUUCAACCAGUAUCGCAGCCUGGCUGGAAUAGUUCCGACGACAUUGGCCCACCAUCAUCCGCAGCAGCAGCAGCAGCAGGAGUCUUUGAGAACUACACCCAGUUUCCACGCGAUGCUCGGGGCUACAACGAUGCCAGCGUCCUGCAUGCAGAGGAGCAGAUCCCUCAAUCGUCAAACUACUCGCAAUACCUAGACUUCGGUUCCCUGGAUACUGGUCCAACUGCUGCCGGUGGAUCCAGCCCGGGCGUAAUGUCCCAGCCAUUGUUCGGAGCCAAUCCAAUCGCGACAGUCAACCCUGAACAAUAUGCCGACAUUGCGAUCAAAACCGAGCAGAUCGAGCCUGGACAACUAAUACAACAAGAGGCAAACCAGUCCGUGCCUGCCUACUCACCGAGCAUGAACCUGAACCUCAACUUACAAGACAACGGUACCCUCGCACGGAUUUGCGGCGACAUCCCCACAUGCGCACAUAUCCUCGAAAGCCCCGACCUCGAUAUGGAAGAUCUCAACCUCUGCGAAUGGCAUCCUUCUUCGACGUUGUCGCCGGUCGAAAUGGAUAACCAGCUCAAUGACCCGCCCCGAAAACCAAAUGCCAAGGACGGCACCGGCAUCGGCACAUCGACGUGGAGCAGCAGCAGUAGUGCAGCCACCACAGCUGCCGCGGUCACUUCCAGCAAGAAACCGCGCAAACGAGGCCGAAAACCCAUGGCCGACGACGACGACGAGGCCCAAGCCCGCGCCAAACAAGCCCACUCGAUCGUGGAGCGCCGAUACCGUGACAACCUUAACGGCAAGAUCAUGCAGCUGCACCGCACGCUCAGCUCCAUCGCGGGAGGCAACCAGAACAGGGAGGCGGACUGUCUCCCUGACGGAGACGAGCUCAUACAAAAGCCACAGGACAAACGCACCGGUGGAGGCAUAGGCGCACGGGUGCGCAAAUCGGACGUCAUGACCGAUGCGGUGAAUUACGUGCAUCAGUCUGAGGUGCAGAUGCGACAUAUGGAGAACGAGAUCUCGCGCCUGACGGAACGGGUGAGGACGUUGGAGAAGUUGGUCCGGUGCGAGGAUUGCGUCGUGUUGAAGGAGAUGGUGAGGCGGUCGUUGCAGGCUCAGGGUCGAACGCAGGCGCAAGGACGUGCUCACCAGGGGAUGUAG